AUGGCACCAGCCCAUUGCCCAUCGUGCGGAAAAGAAUUCAAGGAUCAUACCUCUGUCGCUUGUCAUAUGAGCCAACCUUGGUCUGGAUGCAAUAACUGGCUAGACGAUUUAAUCCAACUUAACUCUACCUUGCCACUCACUGAAUAUGAUCCCAUGGUGGUGGACAAUGUCAGCAACCCUGAUGUUGAUGCUCCCUACUCUUAUGAACAUGGAGAGGAUGUCAGUUAUUAUGAUUUUGGGAGUCAAAGAGAGGAUUUGGACUCUGGAGGCAGAACUCGGAACGAGGACAGUGAGACCAAAGUAACCGAUCACUUUCCGGAGCCCCCGCUAGCUUUUGAGGAGGGCUACACAUUUUUGCACCUAUUCGAUGCCGACAAAAACAGCAUCUACCGUAAAACAAAUGUUUACUAUCCGUUCAGUGGUCGAAGGGAAUGGCAAUUUGCCGCAUGGAUUCUGUGUUCCGGCUUGAGCAUGGAGAAAAUCAAUUCUCUCCUAGCGCUAGAGAUGAUUGAUGAUCUACCUUUAUCCUUCCGCUCAGCAAGAGAGCUGCGAGGUCGAGCUGAAUCGCUCCCUAGCGGUCCGCAUUGGAAGUUGCAAGUUAUUCAAACAUCACAUCCCACAAAGUCUCCGGCUGUUCUCUACUGGCGGGAUCCACUUGAAUGUAUCGCUACUAUAUUCAAUCAUCCUUUAUUUCACAAUCACAUCGACUAUACGGCUCGCAAGGUAUACAGUACAGCACAGAAACCCUCUCGGAUAUAUACCGAAUGGAUGACAGGUGAUCACGCCUGGGAGAUGCAGUCGGUGCUUCCCCGUGGCACAACUCUCCUUGGUACUAUUCUAUCCUCGGACAAGACAUGCAUUACUGCAUUGUCAGGCAAUCAUGUUGCACAUCCUGUCCUUAUCAGCCUCGCCAAUAUCCACAUGGCCACACGGCUCAAAUCAUCUUCCAAUGCUUUUCUUCUCAUUGCCCUACUACUGGUCACAAAAUUCAUUCACAAGAACAACCGAAUGAAAGGCAUGUUGCAGGAUCGGCUCGUUCAUCACUGCUUGAAUGUUGUACUACAACCACUGAAGUUGGCUGCUCAAAACGGUGUUAUGCUGUCAGAUCCCAUUGGUCGCAGUCAUUACUGCUUUACUGCACUCGCUAAAAUUGUACAUUCGCGCGCUCAUCCAGAUGAUCUCGAGGAAUUCUUCCGUGAAGCGCAGAAGUUUUGCCUAAACGGUGUGGAUAAACCAUUCUGGCGGGACUGGCCACUAGCGGAACCCUCCCGAUUUUUUACGCCCGAAUCACUGCACCAUAUUCAUAAGAAGUUCUGGGACCAUGAUGCGCAGUGGAUUAUCCGCACAGUGGGAGGGUCUGAGAUAGAUUUUCGAUUUUUGAUUAUGCAGCCCACUACUGGUUAUCGGCACUUUCAUGCCGGUAUCUCAAAACUCAAGCAGGUUACGGGUCGUUGCCACCGAGACAUGCAACGAUCAAUCAUCGCAGUCAGCGCAGAUGCAGCACCUCCUGGUGUUGUUGUUGCUGUACAUGUGCUCAUGCACUUCAACUAUCUUGUGCAAUCACCGUGCAUUGAUGACAAGGAUCUCAGUCGCAUCACAGCUGCACUAGACGAGUUCCAUGCAAACAAGCAUGCAAUCAUCGCUGCUGGUGUCCGCCGGGGGAAAGGUGGUAAAGUCAUUGACAACUGGCAGAUUCCUAAACUCGAGCUCAUGCAGAGUAUUGUCCCCAGCAUCCGCAACUCUGGCGUUAUAGCACAGUGGUCUGCAGAUGUCACCGAGCAUGCGCACAUCACCGAGGUCAAAGACCCUGCAAGAUCCAGCAAUAAUCACAAUUAUGACCCACAAAUCUGUCGUUAUCUUGAUCGCGCCGAUAAGUGCAAUCGAUUUGACCUCGCUACUAGCCUUUUGGAUCACUCAGAGGACCUGGGAGUUGUUGGGGAGGAAAUUGCCGAGGAGGAUGACGAGAUUGCCGAGGAGGAUGACGAGAUUGACAAUGAUGCGAAUGGCUUUCCUGCAGAGCUACUGUCCUCAAGUCGAAGACCCGAUCAACCACGUCCUAUAACAGAUUACUUUUCGAUUGCCAAAAUACUCCAAGAGAGGAAAAUCGGAUCAGUACCCAUCCCACUUCGUUCUUUUGUCGUUGGGCCCACUGCUCUUAAUCUUGCUUACAAUCCAUCUAUCAAGAAUGCUACUGUCGAUGAAAUUGCCAUUAUGUUCAGCCUACCUGACUUGCGGCCAGCUAUCGCCGAUUUUCUUCACCGUGAGGCGACCUAUGGCAAUGGCAUCCACUCAAUAGGUGGUCCUAGAAGGGCUGCACAUGACACUGAGCUUCCAUUUGACAAUGUUCAAGUGUGGUUUAAAAUCCGUUUGCAGGAGACCGAGUUUCAUGAUCCCCGUAAUAUUCGACCCGCUCAAACACUUAAUUGUGCACCACCUAGUGAUCCUUGGACCUUAGGUCGUUAUGAUACGGUCAUUAUUCAGACCAGCUCAGGGCAUUCCUGGCCUGCCAGUGGCCUUUCAGGGCACUCCAUCGCCCAAAUCAGGCUCAUCAUUCGGCCUCUUGGCAGAAGCAGGACACAAUGGGAAUGGGACAAUCAAUACUUAACUUACGUCCAACGGUUUGACAUCUCCAGUGAAUGUGAUCCAACCACUCAGUUGCAUACACUGAAAAGAGCGAAGCGCUCUAAUGGUACACGGAUGGGUGACAUCAUUCCAGUCUCUCAGCUCAGAGCGCCUGUCCAUCUCGUUCCACGUUUUGGUGCUACUGCAGACACGCGUCUCACGGCAUAUAAUAGCAUGGAGCAUGCGACAGAGUUUUGGUUAAAUUAUUUUUGGGACAAACAUUCCUUUUUUGCCUUAUCCGAGUAG